CUCAGGUACGGGUCGCAGGAGGGACAAAUGUGAUCGGUGCAAAUAUGACAUAUUUUCCGAAUUGCGUACAUUUCUUUUGUAUAGUGCUGCAUUAACAGUACCGAGAGAAACAUUUUCAUCAGAUUUGGUUAUUAGCGUUAGUACAUGUGCUGGAUUUAAGCACACAGACUGUAUAAUUGUGUAAUGGCGUUAGCAUUAGCUUUAUGUCGCACUGCACAUCGCCGCUGUUUGCUUCAGUGUGUUAAUGCUACGUGUUUACAGUCACAGCAGCUUCUGUGCGGAAACAUCAGAAGUUUUGGCACAAAGUCGGAGCGAGAUCACCCGAUUCCCAAGAUUUACACCAAAACAGGAGAUAAAGGGUUUUCCAGCACUUUCACAGGAGAGAGGCGGCCCAAGGAGGAUCGUGUCUUUGAAGCUUUGGGGACGACAGAUGAGCUCUCUUCUGCCAUUGGGCUGGCUCGAGAAUUCUGUCUUGAGAAAGGACACCCCUUCAUCCCUCAGCUAGACAAGAUCCAGUGUGUGCUGCAGGACGUGGGCUCGAACAUGGCCACUCCUCACUCGUCAGCCCGAGAGAGUCACAUAAAGAAGACGCAGUUCAGCAGUGAGCCUGUGGUGGAGCUGGAGAGCUGGAUCGACUCCUACACGGCCGAGCUUCCUCCUCUCACACACUUCAUUCUGCCUUCUGGGGGGAAAAGCAGCGCCGCCCUGCAUGUGGCCAGAGCCGUGUGUCGCCGGGCCGAGCGCUGCGUGGCUCCUAUAGUGCGUUCAGGUGAAGCCGAUCCUGACGUCAGCAGAUAUCUCAACAGGUUGAGUGAUUACCUGUUCACACUGGCCAGAUACACAGCCAUGAAAGAAGGAAACACUGAGAGGAUCUACAGGAGACCUGAAUGAACCUCCACUUUAUUUAAUAAAAUCAUAAAAUUCA